UUUUAAUGUGGCUGAGAAUGAACAGUGGAGAUUAAGGGGAGAAAGAGUGUGUGUCUGUCUGUAUGUAUGAUAGAAAGACAGAGACGACAGAUCCCCAACAAUAACAACACAAACAAGAAGAUUAAGAAGAAGACGGGGCCGACACAUCAAGGUCUAUUUUUGAAAUAUAGAAAAGUGAGGGACAGGAAAGCGACGGGGAGCCCCCCACAUCCAGUAGCAGUAUCGCCAUCUCUGCACUCAGAGCUACUGCCGUGUCUUCCUUACGAUGGGAAACGCUGCUACCGCCAAGAAAGGCAACGAGCUGGAGAGCGUGAAAGAGUUCUUAGCCAAAGCCAAAGAAGAUUUCUUAAGAAAGUGGGAAUGUCCACCACAGAGUACCACCGGUCUAGAUGACUUUGAGAGGCAAAAAACCCUUGGCACAGGCUCAUUCGGAAGAGUUAUGUUGGUAAAACAUAAAGGAACAGAGCAGUACUAUGCCAUGAAGAUACUGGAUAAGCAGAAGGUUGUCAAACUGAAGCAGAUAGAGCACACAUUAAAUGAGAAGAGAAUAUUACAGGCUGUGUGCUUCCCAUUUCUUGUAAGGUUGGAGUAUGCCUUUAAGGACAACUCUAAUUUAUAUAUGGUGAUGGAGUAUGUUCCAGGAGGAGAAAUGUUUUCACAUCUUAGAAGAAUCGGAAGGUUUAGUGAACCCCAUGCACGAUUUUAUGCAGCGCAGAUAGUACUGACAUUUGAGUACCUCCAUUCACUAGACCUCAUCUACAGAGAUCUGAAACCUGAAAAUCUUUUAAUCGAUCAACAUGGGUACAUCCAGGUCACAGACUUUGGCUUUGCCAAAAGAGUAAAAGGCAGAACUUGGACGUUGUGUGGAACUCCAGAAUAUCUGGCUCCAGAGAUUAUCCUCAGCAAGGGCUACAACAAGGCUGUGGACUGGUGGGCACUGGGUGUUCUAAUCUACGAAAUGGCAGCGGGCUAUCCUCCAUUCUUUGCUGACCAGCCUAUUCAAAUAUAUGAAAAAAUUGUCUCUGGAAAGGUACGAUUCCCCUCUCACUUCAGUUCAGACUUGAAAGACCUUCUGAGGAAUUUACUUCAGGUAGAUCUGACCAAACGGUAUGGCAAUCUGAAGAAUGGUGUAAAUGACAUUAAGAACCACAAGUGGUUUGCAACUACAGAUUGGAUUGCCAUCUACGAGAGAAAGGUGGAAGCCCCCUUCAUACCAAAGUGCAGAGGCCCUGGAGAUACAAGCAACUUCGACGACUAUGAAGAAGAGGACAUCCGCGUGUCUGUUACAGAAAAAUGCGCAAAAGAGUUUUCCGAUUUUUAAAAGUGUGAGGGUGAGGUUGCAUCAGGGCUCAUAUAUUGGGAUCUUUGCACUCUGCUAAGAGAUGGGGUGUGGAGCUGACCAUCAUAUUUGUUAAAACAAUUACCUAGUUCCUUCAUUCCACAAGGCUGAAUGAGGUCCUUAAUGCCAUGGUCCUUGUGUGCAGUUAGCACUAACCCUCACACAGGCAUAUUUAAGCAGACACUCCCUAUGCUGCGACUCAAAAUACUAGACCACUUUCUUAACUUUUUCUUUUUCUUUAUUUUUAGUUCCAAAGCAGUUGUCUUUGUCUUUUAAUGUUGUCCCCCCCCCCCCCCCCCCCCCCUCCUGCUUGGUUUUUUUUUUUUUUUUUUUUUUUUUUGUAAAGUGGUAUUUUACAGAGCAACACCCCCCCCCCCUUUUUUAUGUCAGUGUUUAAUGAUUGAGUGAUUGUAUCAGGAGGUGUUGCACUUGGUGUGAUAUAGGUUGAAAUGAAAGAUAGGUGUUGCUUCUAGUGUUUGCCAGCCAAUAGUUUGUCUGUUACAUGUCUGAGACUUUAAAAGUUAUUAAAGAAAAAUCUUCAGCUAGCUCAGACUACAGUCUAGACAACAUUCUUGGCAACUUUCGGAAGUAGUACUUGUUCUUCGUGUCUAUCUAUAUAUCGAUCAACAAGAAUAAAGCAUUUUUGGUUAUCCAAAAUUAGAAUGAAUUUGAUGGCCGACGCAGGGUAGACAAAGCCCCGUACCUUGAAUAUUCCUGUAUAAUCAAUCUCUAUCACUUUUUCAUUCUUCUUCAGGGCAGUAUUCAUGCUUUUAAUACAGCUGGAUACUGCAGAGUGCGGCAAACCUAUGGAUACAGCAGGACAUUGUCAAUGUAGAGAGAUAUUUGUACCAUUUGUAUCAGUGUUUUACCAGUAUGUGAGGUCAUAGAUAAUUUAGUUUCAACUCCUGUAAUCCAUUAGUUGAAAUAAUCUUGGUACAUUUUUAAAUGAGGCACAAGAUAACAGGAAAGUUUCUGGUACUAAAAAACAAUUUGGACCCCUUUUAAAAUUUGGUAGACUUCUGCGUCACUGUAUAGCUCCACUGCAAGCUGUGUUAAAACUUAAAAAAGCUGUACUUGGAGUGAAGUGCUAUACUGAAAUGGUUCAUUGCUAGCUACAAUGUGUGCAAAAAGGGUUACUGCCAUUUUUUUCUGUGGCAGAGUUGGUAAAACUGGACUGGGCACGUGCAUUAACAAAAGUCACUGUUUUGAGUUUUUAAUGCUUAAGCUGUGUUUUGCAAAGUUCUCAAAUGAGAUGUGUAAAACUGCCAUAUUUGUAUGUAUUAGCCAUUCUCUUGCAUUUCUUUCUUGAUUUCUUUCAUUCUUAUGACAGAAUUUAGAAUUACAACUAUUAGAUAUGUAGGAUUUUUUUGUUGUUGCUUGAUUUUAAGUUGUAUUCACACACCAACUAAGACAACAUUACAAAUGCUGGAGUGCAAGCUUCAGCACUUUCUAUCACGUUUAAUUCUGUGUUUGUUGAGACUCAUUUCAUAAGUUACACCUUUUUGCUUGUGUUUUCUUAUCCAUAUUUGUUUUUAUUUAUACACAUUAUGGAAAGAUGCUGUCAAAUAAUAAAUUCAUUUUUUGAACAGUUAAGAAAGGCAUAGUUCUUGCUGUCUUUGCGAAAGUACAUUUCAAGCCCAUAGACAUGAAAUAAUACCCUUUAAACGUUAAAACAGAUGUCUGUGUAUAGCCAUCAUACUUGUUGGCGUGUAGGUGACUAUAGUACACUGACAUCACUUCCUUCUAAGCUAUAUGACACUCUUCAAAAACAAUUCUUUGUCAUCAUUUUACAUUACCAGUAAUGGCUGUACUAUCAGUUCUAUGUAUUUAGUUUGCUGGAUAUUUUGCACAACAAUGUCAUUAGAAGGCUGACACUGAUUGCAGUUUUUGUCUAGCAAUAUUUACUUGUAUGUGCAAGGGAAGUAUAAAAUACUUUGCUGUAGCAGAUUUUAUGUAACAAAAGAUAUAUACGUCAUGUUAAUAAAUUUAAAAGAAAAAAUC